CACGUUUAUUUUAAAACUAUUAAAGUCAAUAAAAUCCUGUCAUAACUGUCAAUAUAUAUUCGGCCUUAACAAAAUUACCAAGUAUUUUUAAAUAAUCAUGAAUUAAGCACACAUAAUUAUGAUGCUACAGCGUCUGUUCUUAGCAAUACUUUGUGCAAUAAACGCACCAAAAACUCAACGAUGUACACUGAACACUAGGGUACAUUUCGGCCAACCGUUACCUGUGAUAUUAAGAAAUGGACAACUCUUGGAACCCACUGAUAAUGACGGGAACAUAGUUGUACAGUAUGGGGACAGUAUAACUCUAAGCUGCAUCGAUCAAGGCAGUAUUCGCAAUUUACAUACAAUCCAAGGACGAAAUACAGCAACUAUCAAUUGUAUCAAUGAUGACGUUUUUGGAAACGAUGAAUGGUUAAUCUCGCCAUCAAGAUUCAGUGAAUUCAAAUGUACUAGUCCACCGUCAUACGUCAGCGAGCGCACAAACCGAACGUGCUAUGAUGAAAACGUAAUAUACGAAGUCGGCUACAAAAUUGAUAAUGUUUUCUAUCCAGUUUACGAGUCUUGCUUCAAUGAACUCGAAUUGAAUGCCAUAUAUUCUAAAUACACGCAAAAACCUUAUAAUGCAUUGUAUCAAACAAGAGUCGAACGGCCAUUUUUCAUUGACAACAAUGUGUACGGAUAUGUUUCGGUUAAUUCGUUAUUCUCACCAGCGAGACAGAAGAGCGCUGUUGCCCAACUUGUUGGUGACAGAGUCAACAGUUAUGUGAAUAAAACUGAAUUCCUAUCAAGAGGGCAUCUUGCUGCUAAAACUGAUUUUGCUUUAGCAUUCGGGGAACGGGCAACAUUUCAUUAUGUGAAUUGUGCUCCACAGUGGGUCGGUUUUAACGGUGGCAACUGGAAUACACUGGAAGUAGACUUGAGGAAUCAUAUCCAUGAUGUCGGGUAUAGUACGAUCAUUUACACUGGCACUUUCGGUGUAUCACAACUAGUCAAUCAACAUGGAACAGUAGUCGAUAUAUAUCUACACACUGAUGUUAAUAAUAAUCCGGUAAUUCCUGUUCCGAAAUAUUACUACAAAGUUGUGUAUGAACCAAAUAGUAAGCGUGGGAUAGCCUUUGUGGGUAUUAAUAAUCCUCAUUAUACAAGACAGGAGGCUCAGAAUUUGUUCUUCUGUUCAGAUUUAUGUCGAGGGAAUGAUAACUUCUCUUGGCUCACAUGGCAUCCAGAUCUAUCUUCCGAAGGGUAUACGUUUUGUUGUACAGUUGCCGAUUUUCGACAAACUGUGCGUCAUCUUCCACAUUUUGAAGUAUCUGGUCUUUUAACUUGAAAUGUUGAAGAAGUUAUAAA